GAUUUGGAAGCAUAAGCAUGUCCACUUUUCGUUUUGAGGCCUCAAGUAAGGAAGUAAGGAACAGAGAAUGGACUGGAUUCCUUGCUAACUAUAACAACAGCCCAAUGUCAUCUGAUGGAAUCAUUCAACCGACAAAAGAUUAUUUCUCUGCAAAAUUGGCCAACUUCCUUCCAUGUUUUCUGUUCGAAUUCUUGUUCAAAUACCACACAAAACAACAACUGAAAUACACAUUUCAUCACCAAACACACCUGAAACACGAACUUCAACACCAACCCAAUACCAACCUACCAAAAUUGCCCAACUUCCUUAAAGCUGUCUGUAUAUUUAUCUUUUAGUUGUUCCCUCAGCCACCUAACAAAGGUUUUUUUUUUUUUUUUUCCAAAAAAGAAGUAGCAUUACAACACAGACCAGAGAGCAACCACCAUUCUACAUACGUACAAAAUGCAAUUCCUACAACCGCCAGUGCCCGCCGCUACCACCACCACUACCGCCAUAAACUCCCCAACCUCCUCCGCGAUUAAAGACAGCACAAAAACCACCCUUUCCAUAAUUUUAGCCACUUCGCUUUUCUCACUUCUCUUCAUUCUCUCUCUCUCUCCCUCCACCACCUCUCUCCACACCACCACCCAUGCCCGACCCGACCCGUAUCUCUUCCCAAACCGACAACCCACUUUCACCAAAGUCCCAUCUGAUCUUUCCCUUUCCCCGCCUUCAAUUGCCUACCUAAUUUCCGGAUCUAAAUCGGAUACCGGUCGGAUACUUAGGCUUCUUUAUGCUACUUACCACCCAAAAAACCAGUAUCUUUUACACUUGGACCGUUUUGCCCCCCAAUCUGAGCGUGAUAAAUUGGCUCUUGCUAUACAAUCUGUGCCUAUAUUUAAAGCUGCAUUGAAUGUUAAUGUUAUUGGUAAAGCUGAUUUUGCUUACCCAAAAGGGUCGUCUUCUAUUUCAGCUACUUUACACGGUGCUGCUAUAUUGCUGAGAUUAUCUAAGAAUUGGGAUUGGUUUAUUAAUUUAAAUGCCGGCGAUUACCCACUUGUUACUCAAGAUGAUCUGCUUCACAUUUUCUCUUAUUUGCCAAGAGAUUUCAAUUUUGUUAAUCACACAAGUUACAUUGGCUGGAGAGAGGCUAAAAGAUUGAAGCCUAUAAUUGUUGAUCCGGGGCUUUAUCUUUUGGAGAGAAGUGAGAUUUUUUAUGCUACUCAAAAGCGAGAAUUGCCUAAUGCGUUCAGAAUAUUUACAGGUUCUUCUUUUUCCAUUGUAAGUCGUAAUUUAAUAGAUCACUGCAUCCUGGGUACAGACAACCUUCCGAGGAUCCUACUGAUGUAUUUUUCAAAUACACCUUCGUCUCUGACCAACUACUUCCCUUCCAUCAUAUGUAAUUCCCGUCAGUUCAAUAGGACUGUUGUAAACCAUAACUUGCAAUAUGUAGCCUUUGAGAAGUCCUCUAUGCAAGAGCAGCGCAUGCUGAAUUCUAGUGAAUUUCAUACUAUGAUUCAGAGUGGAGCUGCCUUUGCGACUGGAUUUAAAUUCAAUAAUCCAGUGCUUGACCGCAUCGAUCAAGAAAUUUUGGGACGAAAUGCUGGACAAGUUGUGCCUGGCGGCUGGUGCUUGGGUGAACCUAGGAACUCAACCUGUUCAGUUUGGGGCGAUGCUGAUGUUUUAAGACCUGGUCCAGGAGCAGCAAGGCUUGAAAAGAGAAUUGUUGAAUUGCUGUCAAAGGGUGUAUUUAGGUCUAACCAAUGUAUAAUUGAAUGAUCUGAUUUUUCUCACUCUUGGGAAAAGAUACACGAACCAUUAGAAGAAGAGAGAAUAGGAGAGGUAGGGACAAGCUCCUGCUGUUCGAGAAUUUUGUAAAAAGUUAGUUAAACUGAUAUCGUUUUUAGCAUAUAGCUCAUUGAAAGUUGACGGUUUAAGAUUGUUGUAAAUUGAAAUUACACAAUGACUGUUAGAGCUGACCAACAAGUUUCGAUCAGAAAAGAUAUGUUACUGAUGAUAUUUGCAUUACUUCAAUAGAAGUUUCAAUUUUGUUGA